AGUCCACUCAGACCUAUCCUCCCCGUUGAGCAUAUAUCAAGUCGAAAUCUUUCGAAAUGGCCGAGCUCCGCCGUAAACUGGUUAUUGUUGGAGACGGUGCUUGCGGAAAGACGUGUCUGUUGAUUGUCUUCUCUAAGGGUACAUUCCCUGAGGUGUAUGUCCCCACUGUCUUUGAGAACUACGUCGCCGAUGUGGAAGUAGAUGGAAAGCGUGUAGAGCUGGCGCUCUGGGAUACUGCUGGACAGGAAGAUUACGACCGUCUACGACCAUUGUCAUAUCCCGACUCCCACGUCAUCCUCAUCUGUUUCGCCAUCGACUCCCCAGACUCCCUUGACAACGUGCAAGAGAAGUGGAUAUCCGAGGUAUUGCACUUCUGCGCAGGCCUUCCAAUCAUCUUGGUUGGAUGCAAGAAGGAUCUGAGAAACGACCCGAAAACCAUCGAGGAGCUCCGCAAAACCCACCAAUCCCCAGUUACUCAGGACGAGGGACACGCCGUCGCCCAGAAGAUCUCCGCAUGGAAGUACCUCGAAUGCAGUGCUCGGACAAAUGAGGGCGUAAGGGAGGUCUUUGAGCACGCCACGCGGGCGGCUCUCACCGUCUCCCGGAAGGUCGGGCGAAACAAGAAGCCCGGCUGCCAACUCCUCUAA